UCGCCUUCAGUGGCUAAGACGGCCAGCAUACGUUGUCACCACAGCCUCCGUGGUUCACCGAAGAUUCAUCAUAUUUGCGAAACCUGUCUCAAAGACCAUGCACACACUCUGCCCACACGUAGCAGGAAGAACGGUCUGUGUCAACAAUAGCCAGAAGCUUGACACAGUAUGAGCUUUCCAGAGCUGGAUGUGACUGCCCUAUGGUCAAGCUUGGCUCCAUAUCGUUUUGUCAUUCUUAGCGCCUCCGCUUCUAUCCUGCUCCUCGUCUUUGCGAACUCGUAUCGAAAGCGGCUGAGCUCUCAAAGACUUCCUUUCGCGACUUUGGAAGGCCAGGACCCACUCGAAAGCUGGUUCAAAGAUGGCAACAAACUCAUCGAAGAAGGACUGAGAAGAUAUGCUGGACCAUUCCAGAUCCAGACCGGAACGGGCGCGAAGGUGAUUGUCAGGAACUGCAACACUGAAGCCUUUGCCAAAAGUCCGGCCAUGAGCGUUGCAGAAGCGCUACGGCUGGACUCAUUUGCAGAUUAUCCAGGUUUCGAAGCGGCACGAGUCUCGGUCCACAGCUCAGUCAUCCGAGAUACGCUGUUGCGACGAUUGACGCCAGCUCUCGAUAUCCUCCGACCCAAUUUAGUGAAAGAUGCCGUGGACUCGAUCGCACACAACUUUGGAGACCACGACACAUGGGCGACUGUACCGAUCCAACCACUUGUCCUUGAUAUCGUCACGAAGAUGUCGUCACGACCAUUCGUUGGUGAUUAUCUUUGCGAGGAUUCCAAGUGGCUUGGAAUUCAAAAGCAGUACGCUGGACUGAGUUUUACAGCAGCGUCCGAGUUGAGAAAGUGUAUUGCACUUCUGCGCCCCAUCAAACAUUGGUUUCUGCCAUCUUGUGUUGUGUUGAGACAACUGGUACAAGACGCCCGGAUCUUGGUGGCAGCAGAAUUGAAGCGGAGAGGACAAUCGGAGAAGGAGAGCAACGAUGCAAUAUCUUGGCUUCAACAAGAGGCUCACAUCUCGAAGGUGAAAGUCGACGUCGUAGCAGCGCAGUUGCAGCUAUCGAUGGUGGCUAUCCAGACUACUUCACAUAUCCUCUGCCAUGCUGUUCAGCAUAUAUGUCAGCACAAGACCUUCAUAGAGCCUCUUCGUGAGGAGAUUGUUGCUGUCAUCGGCGAGCAUGGCUGGACCAAAGCUGGGCUGUAUAAUCUUAAAUUGAUGGACGAUUUCCUGAAGGAGUCGUUGCGAAUCACGCAGGGGCGGUUGGCAAUGGCUCGAGUUUGUACUUCAGAGACAGUCUUUGCAGACGGCAGUGUCGUUCCCAAGGGUGCUGGCUGUAUGCUCGAAGCAAAUUUUCAAGAGCCCACGCUCUAUCCUCAGCCAGAGAUCUUCGACCUCACCCGGUUUGCACGUCUCCGCGAGCGAGAAGGCAAGGCACAAAGUUGGCAAUAUGUUUCCACAAGUGUACGCGAUCUUGCGUUCGGAUAUGGUAUUCACACUUGUCCAGGGAGGUUCUUCGCUGCCAAUGUAGUCAAGAUUGCACUUGCACAUCUCUUGCUGAAGUAUGACUGGAGCCCAGGAGAUGACGCUGUCGGUGAGAAUGGGCUAGAAACGGAGUCGAUACGACUGAUCGACCCGGAAAUGCGCGUCAGUUUCAAGAAGGUCGCAGGCAAUCAUUUACCUGUUUAAGGGUAUUAGCAAAGCUUCAUUCGACACAGAACCGUGAAUAUAAGACACACUAGAGGUAUAUAAUACUGUAUACACGUAGGCUGC